CACUCUAUUCAGUCGUGGUUUUUGCUCAGAAGUACAUUUUAGGAACUAUUCAAACGCACAGUUCUUUCAAUUUUCCUAUUUUCAUGAUGUGUUUUUCAUUUUAUUCUGACCUACAUAUGCAGGACAAUUGGGAAAAACUGACAAAAUAAGAAAUGCAAAGAGGAAAAAAAAGAGCAGAUAAAGUAAGAGAUGGAGGUCUCCUAGCAGCGGUAAGAGGAGACGCGCUGUUGUUGAGGAGCAGAAGUGUAGCAUGAGGAGCACAGGAAAUGUCAUGAAAUAUGUAGGAAGGAGCAGCUCAGCACCGGAACACAAAGCCAUUAAAGAAAGCCCUGGAAAAUGCAGUCAGCUAGAAAUAUAAACGUCCAUUUCCUUAUCGUUCAUAAAUACUCUUGCACACGGAGAAAAGCACACACAUGCGUUCACAUCUCCUGGAGAAAAAAAAGUAAAGCUUUAAUACUCAUGUACACAGUUUAACACACUCUUGUGCUCUCAGAGACGCAAGCACGCAACUGUACAUGCAUUAUGAGCACUAAACACAAAGAAAACAGAGUCAGUCUCAUCUCUCCUCUCUCUGCUCUCCUCCUUCUCUUCCACUGGACCUGAAGAUGUUUUGUAAAUCAUUGAUUGAGUACAUGCAGGAAACCAGCGAGACAGCUAGUCUGACAUGCAGCAAGUGCUCUCAGUCUUUCGGGUUAAACAGCAGGCCAGCGGACAACUCGCUCCGAAGGCGGUUUAGGGCGAGAAGAGGUGGCGCUCUGAGCUCUGAACACUCACUUCUCCCUCAGCCCCGUACAACUCACAGGCUUGUCAACAAGGUGCUUCAGCUGUGUGGAGGAUUUGGUGCAGUGCUGAAGAUCAGCUGCAGCUCAGGGCUGGAGGGGCUGUGGAGCCUCACAGGAUUUAGUUUGUUUGUGAAAACAGGAGGAAUCUAUACUUUCCUUUGUUCAAGCAGCCUUAAAACAUCCCAGCGUUAGAUCUCAGAUUAAAAAAAAACAAAACAAACGUACCCACUGUUACUGUUGCCGGCUAUCAGCAUGGCUAAAUGAUCACAACACUGGAUGACCUGGACUGCAAUCCAGCCAAAGUUCAGAGAAGACCAGUCUCUGUAAACCUGUGAGAUGCCUGUGUGAGAAAAUCCCAGCAGAUCAGCAGUUUCUGAAAAACUCAGACCAGCCCACGUGGUACCAACAAGCAUGCCACAUUCAACGUCAUUCAAAUCACCUUCAUCUCACAUUGUGAUGCUCUGUUUGAACUUCAGCAGGUUGACCACAUCUGAUUCCUUUUCAGGAAAGGACCUGCUUUAAAGUGCAUGAAGAACCACAGCCAGGAUGAUCUACAUCAUAAUGGGAGUCUCGGGUUGUGGAAAAAGCACGUUUGGGAUCUUCCUAUCUGAAAAGCUGGGUUGGCCCCUGUACGAAGGGGAUGACUUCCACCCACGGGACAACAUCGAGAAGAUGUCUCGCGGUGAAGCGCUUACAGAUCAGGACAGAUUGCCGUGGCUUCUCAAACUACAUGAAGUAAUUCAGAGAGAGAGGAGUUCAGGCUCUGAUGCUCUCCUGGUGUGCUCUGCACUGAAGCACCAGUACAGACGGAUCCUCCUCCAUGGCUCCAAAGCCCUCGCCUCCCCUUCGGACACAGACCAAGAAAUCUUCCCUCCAGCUUCUCCUGAUGUCUUUUUUCUUUUCCUUCGUGGUGACUAUGAAUUCAUUUACCAGAGGAUGGUGGCCCGGAGGGGUCACUAUAUGAAAGCAGACAUGCUGCGUUCCCAGUUUGAUACUUUAGAGGCUCCGUCGGAUGAGGAGAAUGUGUUGACACUGGACAUCCAGAGGGGCAUCGAUGAUAUGGCUGUGGAGGUUGAAAGGCACUUAAUCAACCACAGGUCAGGGCUACCAGCAUAGCCCUGUCCUGCUACUAGCGUAGCCCUGUCCACCACAGCAGACCACAUGGGAGCCAUCACCGUGUUUUAACCAUGCUUCAUGGUAGUUGAAAUAAUAAAGUGAAAUAACUCAGCAGCUGCCAUCAGAUUUCAUGGUGCUCAUAACUCCUUUUUACUUUGGCUCUCCCCUAACAAAUAUCUAAUAUAUAUAUAUCACCCCCAAGAGGUGGACAUCUGUGAUCCUUAGCAGCUCUAACAUUGACUUUCCAGCAAAUAUUCAGGAUCCUGCAGGAUUACAUUUGAAUGACUCUGGUGAUUCCCUGUGUGGCUCUCCACAGCAACCAGGAAGUCACAGUUUCCACUUAUUUGGAAACAUCCAGCAUCUACUCGAUGGAUUGGCACACGAGCUUGAUAGUGGACAUCAGAUGUUUGUUUUUUUCCCUCUUUCCCUUGAAUCUCUUGAAAACAGUUGAGCAGUAGAUGGAUCCGCAUGUUCGAUUAUUAUAUUGUCAUGGAUGCACAUCCUGAUGUUCCCCUCCUAGUUACCCAGGCUUGGACAAAGACUGGAAAGUUGUGACUCCAUGAGGCUGGUUUGGUGUUUCCUUCUGGGGUCCCUGUGGGCAUCUUUAGCAUGUAAGGCGAAUGAGUUAAAUACAACAUGGAGCCCAUUUCUGAGAACUAUAAACUUAAAUCUAUAUAAUUUUACAGAAAUAUAACAUCUCUGUAAAUUUUGUAAUAGAUUUUAAGGCCUCGGGAGUAAUAAAAAGUAUGAUAACUGCCUUUAUCAGGACAUAAUUAAUAUUUUUAGAUACUUGAAAAUUAAAUAUCUACAAAGCUGUGGUAGAAAUGAUUAACGUGUCAACAUGACAGACUAAGAUGAUGAACAUCAGUGUAGUCACACUGUCAUGUGACAUUUUAGCACCUAGCUCAAAGCAGCAGUUUGCCUAAGUAGAACAACACAGAGUGUGUGGCCUUUACUGUUGUUCUAGUCACUUUUGGUUUGUAAUGAGGAUGAGAAAUAAAUCACUGAUUCAGUGUUGAUGUAAAACCACAGAGUGUGGCAGGGUUGACGAGCUCAUUAGUUAUUUAGUAAAGAGUGGAAUACACAGUAUGUGUGAUUCUCGAGAGUUCUAGCUGGCUGCAAACAUUUAAAACGUUUAAAUAUUUAGAUGCCAUUCUAAUAAAUGCAUUGUGUGUAUGUGAAAAGCUUUGAAACUGAACCGGUUUGUGCUUAUUUAAACAUGGUAUCUUUUAAGAAUAUGCCACAAAUAAGGGAUUAGAAGUUGAAGAGAUGGUCGGUUUUUGGUCUACAUUAAUCACAUUUGCAUGGUGAAGAUAAAAGGUUUUUACAGCCUGCUGUGAGUUCUGCCUGUGGGGGUGUGUCCUGCCUGUGGGGGGGUGUCCUGCCUUAGGUACCGCCCUUCUGUACUGCUAAGAUCAUAGUGCUUAAUUAAGACCAGAUAGAUUUGUGUGGAGUGGAAGAUGGUGCUAAUUGUUUUUUGUUAAGUGACCAGCUUUUAGGUUUUUCUGUGUUUCUCUUCUUUUCAUAGUGAUAACAUGUGACGAAUCUCCUUUAGUUUAAUCCUUUAACUAAAAAAACAAACAAACACGUAUUUCAUUACCAAUUUUGCCUUCUUUUUCAAUCUGGACAUUUUUUGUUACUUCUCCACAUCUCCUAGACUUCUGGACUUUUCGAGUGUUUGAUCAUAAACGAUGUGAUGCUGAUCUUUUUAAUAGUUGGAAUAAACACAUGGAAGCUC